CUGAUUGGCUUAAAGUGUGGAGUGAGGCUCCAUGGCGCACAUGUGCAGGCUGGUGACCGGCAGCGCGGCAAGCUGUGCGGGCUGGGUGGGGGUCAUCGUCGCCACAGCCACCAACGACUGGGUCCGGACCUGCGAGUACAACGUGGCCACCUGUGUCCGCAUGGAUGAGCUCGGUACCCGGGGACUGUGGGCGGAGUGCGUGAUCUCCCCUGCGCUAUAUCACUGCCAGGCACUCAGCCAGAUGCUCAGCCUGCCCGCUUACGUGCAGACGUCUCGUGCCCUGAUGAUCUGCGCAUGUCUGCUCGGCCUCCCCGCGAUGCUGCUUGUGCUCAUGUCCAUGCCCUGCGUACGGCUGCAGAAUGACAACUUCGCCGUCAAGCAGCAGCGAGCACGCGUGGGUGGGGUCCUCUUCAUCCUCCUUGCUUUGUGUUGCAUCAUCUCCACGGUGUGGUUCCCGAUCGGCUCUCACCAGGAGGAGCAUUUGAUGUCGUUUGGGUUCUCUCUGUAUGCCGGCUGGGUGGGCUCCGGUCUCUGCCUCCUGGGGGGCUUCACCAUCCUGUGCUGCCAGGGCACUGACCCCGGGGUCCCCAGCCGCGACAACAGCUUCUACUACUCCCGGCAGAGGGGCACCGCCACGCCGCUGGACCCCCCUGCCAACCAUGCCAAGAGUGAAAGAGUGUGAACACUGAAAAUGAUCAGCAUGAGUCUGUGCAUUUUCUUUUUGAAUGAGUUUAUACAAAAUAUAUCUUCUUUUGGGGCACAAAUAAUCACAUUGGUCAAAUUGUUUUAUUCAAUAUGCAGAUUUUAAGUUUUAUCAGCCAAUAAUGUUUUUGGUAAAAAAAAGUUUUAAUGUUAUGUCAAAUUUAUUUUAAUCUGUGACUUUAAUAAUGAUUUUUAUACUUUCAAUUGCAUGAAUACAUUUGAAAAACAUCACCUGAAUUAUACAGAAUGAUUGUUUUCGUUGUUACAUGUUCUCUAUAAGGUUAUGCAGAGAACUGUAUAACCUUUGUUUUGAUUUUAGCUUCUUGUUCUUCACAGUAUAAUCAAUAUGUAUCAACUUUAGUGUAAUAUUUUUAAUAAAACUUUUUAAGUAAUCAAGAGUGUCACAAUAAAUAACUUCAAUCAAAA